CAAACCCUACCUUAUUUUUUCUGAAAAAAAUGUUCAAUGAGAAUGAAUGCACAACAAAGAAUGAAUGUAUUAAUUUCUUUUUGUAUUUGUAAUGUUUUAUUGUAGCAACCUUCACUUUCUUAUUUGCCUCAAGUUUCACAAAACUAUCAUACAAUGUCUUCUAGUGGUAGUGGGAGUGUUAGCAUUGGAUCUAGAAUUCGUAAAUCUAGGUUGGAUACCUUCUUUGCGCCUCACACUACUCCUGGGUCCCAACAGUCGCUUGAGAGCAUGGGUUGAAUGAAUGCACAACAAAGAAUGAAUGUAUUAAUUUCUUUUUGUAUUUGUAAUGUUUUAUUGUAGCAACCUUCACUUUCUUAUUUGCCUCAAGUUUCACAAAACUAUCAUACAAUGUCUUCUAGUUCUUCUAGUGGUAGUGGGAGUGUUAGCGUUGGAUCUAGAAUUCAUAAAUCUAGGUUGGAUACCUUCUUUGCGCCUCACACUACUCCUGGGUCCCAACAGUCGCUUGAGAGCAUGGGUUGGAACAAGGAGGUCCAUGAUGCCCGCUAAAAUGGCAGUUGGCAGGUUUUGGGUCUACAAUAGUGUUCCAUUCUUUAUAGCCAGGUCUCCUUAUUGGCAAGAAAUGGUUGAUGCCCUUACCAUAUGUGGGACGGGGUUCAAAGCCCCUUUUGAGUCUGAUUUGAGGGGACCCAUUUUGACUCAAUUGGUGAAUGAUGUGAAGAAGGAAUUAGUGAACAACGCCAGAUAUGGAGCUCUAAAGGUUGCACCAUCACGACUGAUGGUUGGACGGAUAGGAGAGAUAGAACUCUCCUUAAUUUUCUUGUUUCUUCUGCAGGGGGCACUGUUUUCAUCAAGUCCAUUGAUGUCUCUGCCCAUUGCAAGAAUGCCACCUACCUAUGUGAGCAGAUAGAGGAGGUGAUUGAUGAGGUGGGUGAGGAGAACAUGGUACAGGUGGUGACCAACAAUGCAACAAAUUAUGUUGCUGCAAGUAGACUAUUGAUGGAGAGGCACCCAUCUAUAGUUUGGACUCCAUGUGCCGCCCAUUGCAUUGACCUCAUGUUGGAGGAUAUUGGAAAACUCCCAUGGGUCAAGAGAUGUGUAGAAAGGGCAAGAAAUGUGUGCAAAUUUGUAUAUAAUCAUUAAUGGGUGUUGGCUCUUAUGAGACAAUACACAGAGUAGAAAGAGCUAGCUCGUCUAGGAAUCACAAGAUUUGCCUCAAACUUCAUCACAUUGCAGUCCAUGCUUCGCUGUAAGUCGGCCUUGAGACGUAUGAUUGUUGGUGAGGAGUGGUCUUCCUCAUCCUAUGUUGCCACCCUUGCAGGGAAAGAUAUGGCAGACUACAUUUUUGAUGAGCGAGACUUUUGGAUCCCUUGUGAUGAGAUAGUGAAGUUUGUUAAGCCCUUGGUGGUUUUGUUGUGAGUUGCGGAUGGAGAAAAGCCCGCAAUGGGCUACAUAUAUGAGGGCAUGGAUAGGGCAAAGGAGGGCAUCAAAUCCGUCUAUGGAGGAGAUGAGAGCAAGUAUGGUCCCAUUUGGGAGAUCAUUGAUAGGAGAUGGCAUCAUCAGCUUCACAGGCCCAUCCAUGCAGCAGCCUAUUAUCUGAAUCCGGCAUUCCAUUUUAGCCCUACUUUCAAGGCUAAUGUGGAGGUCCUUAAUGGGCUAUACUCAAUCAUGGAGAAGAUGGCACUUGCUGGUUCUACUCAGACAAAGCUUAUUCGAGAGCUACAGUUGUUCUCAAAUGCACAAGGAGAGAUCUUCUCUCGUCCUAUCACCAAAGAAAGUAGGACAACUAUGAUGCUAGAUAAUUGGUGGAGAUUUUUUGGCCCAACGACACCAAAUCUUCAAAAGUUGGCCAUUCGCAUCUUGAGCCAACCAUGCAGCGCAUCUGGUUGUGAACGCAAUUGGAGUAUGUUUGAGCACAUACACUCCAAGAGGCGCAAUAGAUUAUCCGUGGAGAAGAUGAAUGAUCUCGUCUUUGUUCACUACAACCUCCGCUUGAGAAUGAGAAAGAAUGCAUUAGUUGACAUCUGUCCUAUCAUUCUAGAUGAGGUUGAUCCUGAUGCAGAGUGGGCCACUGAGACAAAUCCUGUGGCUGUCUUUAGUGAUGAUGACAUUGAUUGGAUCGACCGGGUAGAUAUAGAGGCUGAGGUUGUAGCCAUGGCAGAGGAGGAGCGGAGAGCACGAGCAGAGAUAGGAGAUUCAGAGGCAGAUAGUGACACAGAUGUUCCUGAUGUUGGUGAGCAUGGCAUGGUGUCACGGGGAGCGGCUAUGGCUGCCGAAUCAUCCAGGACCUACCUUAGACACCUUCGUAGGGGGCCGGGGCCAGAGGGUGCACGCUCCUCUAAGCCAUAGGCUUGUAGUUGUAUUUACCUUUGGUAUUUGUAUGGAACAUUUGAUGAUGAUCAUAUGAUGACAUGGAUUUUUUAUUCCAUGAGUUUUGUA